GGCGAGGGUGAGGUGAAGGGAAGCUACGACUAGCUCCCGCCGGCUCGCGGAAGCGCCACUCCGGUCAUCGCUCGCGAAAACCUUCGAAGCACAACACACGCUGUCGUCAUCUCAACCGCCCCCACGCCACCGGACAACUCGACGCACACAGGCGCGCGCGACUCGUCACACAUGGCGUGGUACGACGAGGAUAGCUGGGCCACGGCGGCGUUUGCGCCGAAGGGCUCGACCAUUGCCAUCACAUUCCUGCUCGCCGUGCUGCUGCCAAUCCUGUUGCACCAGUUCAUCUACCGCAAAGCGACACCCACAACGCUACCCUCCUUCCUGCUUAUUGGCCCCAGCGGCGCGGGCAAGACCGCCUUCCUGACUCUGACGGAACGCAAGGUUGUGGCGCAGACACAUACUUCCACCGCGCCCCUGGCCGUCGAGCUUCUCCUCCCUGAAGGCCACACGCCCCAGUCGUCACACUACCGCUCGCCGGGCGACCCAGCGUACGAGCGCUCACGCCAAUUCCAACUUAAUGAUACCCCUGGCCACGGCAAGCUACGCCACUUUGCGACGACACAGCUAGCCAACCCUACCAAUGUCCGCGGCAUCAUCUUCGUCGUGGACGCCGCGGCGGUUGCCGAGGAGGCAGGCCUCAACGAGACUGCAGAGUACCUGCACGACGUCUUGUUGGCCUUGCAGAAACGCUAUACAGGGGCUACCUCCAGCAAGGGGCCUAAGGAGAUCCCCGUGCUGGUAGCUGCGAACAAGAUGGAUCUAUUUACGGCGCUGCCACCGCACCUUGUCGCGCAACAGCUGGAGAAGGCCAUCUCGGAGGUCAGGAAGAGCCGGGCGAAGGGACUGAAGGAUUCUGGACCUGCCUUAGGCGGUGAGGACGACAGCUUGGAUGAGGACCGGGAGUGGCUAGGCGAGGGAGGCGAGGGCAGCUUCGAGUUUGCCCAGAUGGAGGAAGUGGGGACAACCGUGACUGUGCAGGGCGGCAAUGUGAUUGGCGGGGACGGUGUAGAUGUGAAGAGCUGGUACGAAUGGAUCGCUGCGCAGCUAUGAUAGAGCCGAGAGUUCGAGAAUUGCCCUGCAAAUGAGCCUUAUCCGUGUCCCGUGGGAUUCUGCUCCGCGCUCAAGCAUCGUUGCCGUUCCCACUCGCUGUUUACCACGGGUGCGGGAAGUGGAUGACGGUAUGUUUCUCUCAACCUGAAGAUAGAUGGACGAUUGAUCCACGUCUUUUCUGGGUGAGACGUUAUCAAGCCCUCUCACGGCCACGUCGGGGUGAAGAGAAUUGCUCCGCCUACAAGAGCUACCAAUACUACAAUUGAAUGAUGACAAGAACCAGUACCUCCGCGCUGGGAUCAUUAC